CUCUUGCGGCCGAAUCCCUAACCUUCCUGACGCGUGGAGCCCGACGCGGCGACGACCGGCGGCGGCGUGCAGCCGGCGGGACACAUCUUGCUCCUCGUGAAGGUGAUAUCGCGGCGAGUGUCCUGCCCAAGGAAGGGGAUCGCGGCGACUCCGCGACCUCGGACCUCGUAUCUUCGCAGCGGCUGGCAGCCAGCGCCAGGUCCUCCGGUCUCCGGCUCUCAAGUGAGAGCAUCAAGCGAGCACUCCAGCAUCCUCCUACUCAAGCUCGAGUGCCCGACCUGAUCACCUGUCUAGCUGCUGUGAAAUGGACAUUUUGUAUCAGUGCAAGGAGAUCUUAAAGAUUCAGAAGUUUAGGCGAUUGGCGUCUUAUGCUGGAUUCUAUUCCUUCACUACCCUCGUUACCUAUGCUUACACAAGCAAUACGACAAGAGCUGGCAUUUCGAGGGCCGAUCAGUAUUAUGCUUCCUACCCUUCUGGCACCGAGCUAUUAACUGACACUGCAAAGCUUUACAAGGCUGCAUUAGGUAAUUGUUUUGAAAUAGACGACUGGGGUCCAAUAGAAUUCUCCAUCAUGGCAAAGCACUUUGACCGGCAAGGCAAACCACCAUAUGCUUACCAUGCUCAAUACAUGUCGCACCUUCUAUCCCAUGGCCAACUCGAUGGAAGUGGUUAACUGUCAGAUGUGUUUUAGUUGACUCUCGUGAGGCCUUGGUCUGCCAAUUAUAAGCACUGUAUCAGGUCUUGUAAAAAAUGAGAUGUUUUGAUUGGAAUCCUGGAUUUUGAUGGCCCGUGGUCACGGAUGGCAGACUUCAAAAAAUAUAGAUACUGAAUACUAGGGCACGAAGCCAUGAGCCACUUCAGUAUCAGCUUAUUAUCAGUAUAAAUUGUGCGGAAUUUUCCAAAGAAUCAUGAUGGUACCUUAUUGAAGCAUGGAUGUAGUCAUUUUUGUUGCUGAAUGCAACUUCGUGAAUGCCAAUGUUAGUCCGUGUGCUCUUA